UUUGGAGAGGUUUGUCAGGUCUCCGCAUUUCAUUCGUAGCAUUUUCAGAGCGAGAGAUCUCUAUGGCCUUCCUGUUUCAGAAAUUUCAAGAGGCUGUGAAGACUCUUGCCAAAAGUCCUGUAUUUGCAAGAGAUCCUAGGCACCUCCAAUUUGAGGCAGACAUUAAUCGCCUCUUUCUUUAUACAAGCUAUAAUCGUUUAGGGCGAAAUGCUGAUGAAGCAGAUGCAGAGAAUAUCAUUGACAUGGCUGGCAAAGCCUCCCUUGCAGAUCAACAGAAGCAAGUCCAAGAAAAUAUUCACUCUCAAAUCAAAACCUUCUGCAAUACUCUAGAUGGUGCUCUUCUUCCUGAUUCAAAAAACAUGAAUGAAUUGCCAGAAUCAUGUCCACAAACAAAAGCUGCUCCUCGCCGCAGUGGCCUUAGUUUUGCUGUUGGCAGAGAUGGCCCACCUAGUGACAAUGCUGCUGUUCCUCAGACGAAGCCAUUAAAACGUGCUGAGUUGUCACAGAGCUUGAAGGAUCUCAUAGGCUACACCCUUGAUCUCAAACCAUCUCAAAUUCCCCACAAGGAUGCUGGCCAAGGUUUAUUCUUAGAUGGUGAAGCUGAUGUUGGUGCUGUGGUAGCAUUAUACCCUGGUGUCAUAUACUUUCCUGCUUAUUACCAGUAUAUUACCGGAUACCCGAGGGUUGAUGCACACAAUCCUUACUUGAUCACAAGGUAUGAUGGGACUGUGAUCAAUGCCCAGCCUUGGGGUGUGGGGGGUGAAACCCGUGAAUUAUGGGAUGGGUUCAGUGUUACUGAAGUCGGUGCCAGUAUGCAAGGCGCUGAGAAAGGCUCAGACCGUAUCUGGAAACUACUGAGUAAGCCUAUGGAAGCCAAGCACGGGGGGAGUGGUUGCGACGUGCUGGAGCGGAGGAACCCACUUGCUUUUGCUCAUUUUGCCAACCACCCAUCAAAGGGUAUGUCCCCAAAUGUUAUGGUUUGCCCUUAUGAUUUCCCAUUGACUGAACAGGACAUGAGAGCCUACAUUCCCAAUGUGUUGUUUGGAAGCAGCAAGGAAGUAAAAAUGAAGAGGUUUGGCAGCUUUUGGUUUAAAUCUGGAAGUUCAAACAAGAGUGAGCUGGAUGCUCAUGUUCCUGUAUUGAAGACUCUUGUUCUGGUGGCUACGAGGGCACUUUGUGAUGAAGAAGUGCUUCUGAACUACAGGUUGAGCAACUCAAAGCGACGGCCAGCAUGGUAUACACCAGUAGAUGAAGAAGAGGAUAGAAGGAGGUGGAGCUAAAUCUGUGAAACAUUGGAUUUUUACCCUACCCAUAAAUGCUUGUGCAAAGCUUUGGGGUUUUUGAUUUCUUUAACCACUUGAGAAUCCCCAAGUAUGAAUGAUAAUUUAUUUGGGCACCCUAAUUUUGUUAUGCACUUUAGUUGUUAAAUGAAGCAAGAAAAUAACAGAAAGAGUUGAACAAUCUCUCUUGAGCAGUAGCAAACUUGGUUGUUGGAGUAGCUUUGAAGCUUUUGUUGGAGCUCUUCAUUUGGGUGUUUGUACUUUGUAGACUUCAAUUUGAACACAGAUUCCAUACA